UCUGGAAAUACAGCUCUAGGUUUGGCAGCAAAACAAGGCAACGAAAACGUUGCACAAAUGCUGCUUGACCGACAAGACGUAUUUGUCAACUCGAGAAAUCACCGGGGCCAGACACCACUACAUCUAGCUGUUUUGAACAACCACAGCUCAAUAGCAAGAUUGCUGCUCAAGACCGGAAUGGCAGACAUUAAUGCACAGGAUGUAUACGGGCAAACACCACUUGUAGCUGCUGCGAAGCAGAUACACACGUCAACAAUGGAGAUACUACUA